AUGGCCGAUCAACUCAAAGGCGCUGCCUCGGGCGUGACCAACACCGUGUCUUCCGGAGCGAACAAAGCGAGCUCUGCCGCCCAGCCUCAAACAUCCAGCACCUCCGCAGGCACCAAAGACUGGGAUGCCAUGACGGAAGAGCAGAAGACGCAGACAUUCGACUCGCUGCCAUCGGACAAGAAGCAGGGCCUCAGCUACACCGAGUGGAUCAAGCAGGGCUACCAGCAUCAAAAGGAGAAUUGGAUGCCGUGGAUUGAAGACAUGUAUUUGAAGUGGUUCACAAACGACAACAAGGCGAGUUAUGCAACGAAAGGGGCCAUGGACAAGACCAAAGUCACCGGCAUCGAGCAGGUCGACACCGCCCAGGACUCCGUCAAUAACGCCGUCGGCCAACAAGUGGGACAGGGUGGGAUCUUGCAGCCCGUUGGGGAUACGGCAUCGAAAGAGGGCGUGAAUCGCGCCGAACGCGGCGGCAAGGAAGACAACGGGAGUUACGCUGGGGCCAUUGGAGGCUACGCCAAGUCGGCAGGCCAGAGUGCUUGGAGUGGAGCACAGAGUGCGGGUGGGUAUGUUGGUGGCAUGCUGGGAGGGGGUAAGACGGAGGAGCAGGGAAGCAAGUGA